AAUCCCACUCCGUUCAGCGUAUCCUGAUAAAGUUUGGGUGGGUUUAUUCUCUCCAGCUCCCUUCACCAUCUGAGCCUCUUUUUCUUCUACUCAGUUGGAAGCUUUGGACUUAAGAUAAGAACAGAAUAGAGACUAUAUACCACCACUAUAUGGUCCCUUUUCAUUCCCACCAUUGGUGAUAGAAAACAAACAAGAAGACCUCUAUGUUCUUAUUAGAAACUAUGUCAAAUUCCACCUCCAUCUCAGAAGAAGCCAGUGUUUCCUCGGAGACAAGAGUCCAUGACCACUUCAGCUUGAGCUCUUUGCUUACAUCCAUAUCACCUCAUCAACAGCCACUACCUAAGACCAAGAAGAAGAGAAACCAAGCAGGGAAUCCAGACCCUGAAGCUGAAGUUGUAGCCUUAUCACCUAACACACUGAUGGCCACCAAUAGGUUCAUUUGUGAGAUAUGUAACAAGGGUUUCCAAAGAGAUCAGAAUCUGCAGCUGCAUAGGAGGGGGCACAACCUACCGUGGAAGCUGAGGCAAAGAAGCAACAAAGAAGGAGCUACAAGGAAGAGGGUGUAUGUUUGCCCAGAGCCAUCUUGUGUGCAUCACCAUCCUUGCAGGGCUCUUGGAGAUUUGACAGGGAUCAAGAAACACUUCUCCAGAAAACAUGGAGAGAAGAAGUGGAAAUGUGACAAGUGCUCUAAAAGAUACGCUGUGCACUCUGAUUGGAAAGCCCAUGUUAAGACCUGCGGAACAAGAGAAUACCGAUGUGACUGCGGCACCCUCUUCACUAGAAAGGAUAGCUUCAUCACCCACAGAGCAUUCUGCGAUGCCUUGGCAGAAGAAAGUGCACGAGUGAUGGCCGGCGCAGCUGCCACCCCUACAUUCCCACCACUGCAUCAGCCUCUCUUCCUUCCCUCAUCAUCCUCCUUCUGGGACCCCUUUACCGCUGCUAACGCUAACUUAUUGAUUCUUAAUCCUAGCCCUGACGACUGCAAUCUCAGAGACUUGGAGGUAAAAAAGCCUGAAGACAACUUUCCUUCCCUCCUUCACCACCUUCCCACCAACCCUCGCCCUUCACCUCAUCUCUCAGCCACUGCGCUGCUCCAGAAGGCCUCAGCUAUGGGCCCCAUAAGUAUGACCAACACCUUAAGCGGCCCAGGUUACACUGAUGCAACUGCCGGAAGCACUGUCGCUGCCAGUUCUUCCUCCAACGUCCAAGACCUUGUGAUGUUGCAGAAAACCAGUGAUGGCUGGACUAGGGACUUCCUUGGCGUAGCAGCCGGAGAGUCUGGGAACGAUGAGCUACUUCUGGAUUUGGUGACUGCUUCUCCAUGUGCCCCCAUGGGUCACCCAAACAAACAGUUCGCUGGGUUCCAUCCGGUGAGCGGAACGUGGAACUGAACCUACUGGCAUUCCCCAAGUCCAGUUUUCUUUUGAUUUUAAUGCAUUACUAUUGUGCUGCUAUAGUAUUAGUUGUCGUUAUAAAUGCUGUUGCUUUGCCCCUAUUGUUAAUAUCUUUAUCUCACUGCCAUCAAUGAGUAUCGUUGGUAUCGACCAAACUUAAUUAUAUUUAUAUUGGGUCUUCA